GUGGCCGUUCCUGCGGCAGUGCCCCCGGUGUGUCAGCCCAAGGGUGCCACUAACGGGCACUACCCGGCCCCACGCCUCUCCAUCUCCUCCCGAGCCACGGUGGUAGCCAGGAUGGAAGGCACCUCCCAGGGGGGCCUGCAGACCGUCAUGAAGUGGAAAACAGUGGUUGCUAUCUUUGUGGUCGUGGUGGUCUACCUCGUCACUGGCGGUCUUGUCUUCCGGGCAUUGGAGCAGCCCUUCGAGAGCAGCCAGAAGAAUACCAUCGCCUUGGAGAAGGCAGAAUUCCUGCGGGAUCAUAUCUGUGUGAGCCCACAGGAGCUGGAGACAUUGAUCCAGCAUGCCCUGGAUGCUGACAACGCAGGAGUAAGUCCAAUAGGAAAUUCUUCCAACAAUAGCAGUCACUGGGACCUUGGAAGUGCCUUUUUCUUUGCUGGAACUGUCAUCACCACCAUAGGGUAUGGGAAUAUUGCUCCAAGCACUGAAGGAGGCAAAAUCUUUUGUAUUUUAUAUGCCAUCUUUGGAAUUCCACUCUUUGGUUUCUUAUUGGCUGGAAUUGGAGACCAACUUGGAACCAUCUUUGGGAAAAGCAUUGCAAGAGUGGAGAAGGUCUUUCGAAAAAAGCAAGUGAGUCAGACCAAGAUCCGGGUCAUCUCCACCAUCCUCUUCAUCUUGGCUGGCUGCGUUGUGUUUGUGACGAUCCCUGCCGUCAUUUUCAAAUACAUCGAGGGGUGGACGGCCUUGGAGUCCAUUUACUUUGUGGUGGUCACUCUCACCACGGUGGGCUUUGGUGAUUUUGUGGCAGGGGGAAAUGCUGGCAUCAAUUACCGGGAGUGGUAUAAGCCCCUAGUGUGGUUUUGGAUCCUUGUUGGCCUUGCCUACUUUGCGGCUGUCCUCAGUAUGAUCGGAGAUUGGCUACGGGUUCUAUCCAAAAAGACAAAGGAAGAGGUCGGGGAAAUCAAGGCCCACGCGGCCGAGUGGAAGGCCAACGUGACAGCCGAGUUCCGGGAGACGCGGCGGCGGCUCAGCGUGGAGAUCCACGACAAGCUGCAGCGGGCGGCCACCAUCCGCAGCAUGGAGCGCCGGCGCCUGGGCCUGGACCAGCGGGCGCACUCGCUGGACAUGCUCUCCCCCGAGAAGCGCUCCGUCUUCGCCGCGCUGGACGCGGGCCGCUUCAAGGCCUCGUCCCAGGAGAGCAUCAACAACCGGCCCAACAACCUGCGCCUCAAGGGGUCAGAGCAGCUGAACAAACACGGGCAGGGGGCCUCUGAGGACAACAUCAUCAACAAGUUCGGGUCCACCUCCAAACUCACCAAGAGGAAGAACAAGGACAUCAAAAAGACCUUGCCCGAGGACGUUCAGAAAAUCUACAAGACCUUCCGGAAUUACUCCCUGGAUGAAGAGAAGAAAGAGGAGGAGACAGAGAAGAUGUGUAACUCGGACCAUUCUAGUACUGCCAUGUUGACUGACUGCAUCCAGCAGCAGGACGGGGUAGAGAACGGGAUGGUCCCCGCUGACACCAAAGACGGGGAACUCGAGAACAACGCGUUACUUGAAGACAGAAACUAAAUGUUAAGGAUGCUGGACUUGAUGAAGCGCUUGUGUUUUUUAUAUUCACCCUGAGACACGUGCCUUAAACAGACUUCUCGUUAGUCCGAAAUUACAUAGCAUUGAAGAAUUGAUGUCACUGUGCCAUAAACGACUCAGAAAGCUUGCUCUGCCAAAAGGAAGCAAAGAACAAGGUCUUCACUUCCCAUAGUGACCACAGGACACCCGGGGAGCGUUCGCACAUGUAAGAGGUCACGGCCGCAAAUAGUAGGGGCGGGUCCAUGGCGAUGCCGUACGUCUGUACAGCGCCGCCUUGGCGUGGCGCCUAGAAAAGGGCAGCUAUUCCUUAGACCAGCCUUCCGAAAGGAACAGGUGUGUCUUUUAACAGGAGUCUCAUUUCCUGACCCUGCCGUUAGGGAUACGUGCACACACAGAAGGGAACCAGACUGGGGGUGAACCUGGUACCUGUAACAAGGGUUAGAGUUGACAUUUUGGCAUGGACUCUCAGCUUGAAUUUUGAUACAAACCAUACAGUGCACACCUAGUCUUUCUAAGCUCCAAAUGAAUGUCCAUGGAACCUAAAAGCACCUGGAAUCUGUUGGAAGCAGAUCAGAGCACACGUAUUAAAAGGUGCAAUUACUUUCCUCAUUACAAAA